AUGAAAAAAAUAAAUAUGCGAAAAAACAGACUUAUUAAUAAGAAUAAUAGGAGAUACAAAAGGAGUUCCCUGUAUUUGAUGAAUGAAAAAUAUGUAGAAAUGCUUUUGUCAAAACAUAUGUCAACAAAAAAUAGUAAGAAUAGAAAAACUAUGGCUUUGGAAGAAAAUGAAAAAAUGAAUAAAUAUGUAAUUCAUUUAAGGGAGUUAUAUAAACAGUUCAAGUUUGAGGAAUGCUUAAAUUAUGGAUUAGAAAAUAUUGAAAAAUUAAAAAAAAAAGAUUAUGUAGGUAAAAUCGAAAUUUUAAAAAUAAUAGGAAAUGUUUAUUUUUAUUUAGAAAAUUAUAAAUAUGGAUCAUUAACGUAUAUAUUAUUAUCUAAAUAUUUGAAUAAAGUCUCUGAUAAGUAUAAAAUAGAAAUAUGUUAUAAUGCAGGGGUUAUAUUUAUAAAAUAUUUUUUAGAGAGCAAUAAUAUUUCUUAUUAUUUGAAUGCCAAGAAUUCUUUUCAUUGUUCUCUAUUAUAUAAUGAAAAGGGAAGUAAACAUUUUAAUCAAACUAUUUAUGAAAAUACAAUAAGAAUACUUAGACAAAAUUUCUCCAUAGACGGAAAAGAACAAGCAAAAAUUAUAGAUGAUCAAAAUGAUUUUUUUGAAAAUUCAUCUUAUGAAAAUUUUUUUUUAGAUAAUAAUAAAUAUAUAGCAAGAUCAUCUAAUGAGGAAAAUGAAACGAAAGAAUUUUCAUCUUCUGAAGAUUCUAAAUCGUGUACUCUUAAAAGUAGCAUUUGCAAAAUAGAUGAGGUCAUCAAAGGAAAUAAAAAUAAAAAUUAUACGAAUGAAGGGGAAGAUGUCUAUUUUGCUUCAAAUAACAAAGAGAAGAAAUUUACCUUAUAUAAUGACCACUUUUCCAUUAAAGAUGCUACGGUAAAAAAAGACAAAUUUUCUACCAAUUUGGAGAAAAAAAAAUCCUUACUGAUAAUGGACAAUGAUAAACAGAGCUGUAUUUCCAAUGAUUUUCUCCCAUGGAGUAAUAGUCUUAAUAUUCAAAUAAAAGAAAAUAAAUACAACAAUAACAAUAAGGUUUCACCUGAAAAUAGCUUCGUGAGUUUAUCGAAGGAAGAAUGUAACAUUCCAAACAAUUUUUGUAAUAAUGUGAAUAAUAUAUUAUUUAGAGAUCCCAUGAGCAAAAUUUUGAAAAAUACGCACAGUCCAUUUAUGAAAAGUAAAUCCAUUAGUUUUAUAAACAACAGUCCAAGAAGUAUUUUAAAAAGUGAAUCUUAUAACAUUUUGAAUAAAUCCCCUGAUAGAAUCAUCAAUAAUUCAUCUGUCAAUUUUGUCAGACAACCAACAGGAAAUAUUUUAAGAAGUUUCUCAAACAAUUUCUUUAACAACUCGUUAGGAAGUGGUUUUGCAAAUACAUCAACAAACAUGAUGAAUCAGACCCCUGUAAAUAUUAUGAACAACGGAGAGGCCAAUUUUGUUCAAACAAAUCAAAUCAAUUUUACAAACAAUUCCAACACGCAAUUUUUAAGCAAAACAUCUCCAUGUAUAUUUCCAAUCAACACAACACCCUGUGUUUUAUCUAAUCACUACCCUCGAAAUUUUUCUUGUAAUGCCAUUCACACUAUUGUCCGUAGUUCAUCCAUGAAUUUUGUAAAUAGAGAACAUAAUCUUUCCUUGAAUAAUACCUCUCCUAUUUCUGAUAAGAAUAAUUCCCAUAAACGUAUGUCACAGCAGAAGAGCAUUAUCAAGUAUACGAGAGGAAAGACAAAUGAAAAAGCGAAUGAAGAAGAAGUAUAUAAAAACAAUUCUAAUUUAAACGGUUGCAGAGCAUUCGAUUCUGUGUUAUCAAUUGAGCAUGAUCUAUUAGAACAUAAAAGGAGAAAAACAAAUAAUGAAUCCUCUCAUUUUGUACCUUGUGAAAAUAGUGUACAAAUAUCUAACAAUUUUCUCGCUUUGGAAAAGGAAAAGGCUUGCAGUUUUGAUUACUGCAAUAUUGAAGAAAAAGUAGAAACAAGUGAGUAUAUUGAAAACAGCAAAAGAGAUAAUAAUUUUUUUAGCUUAGAGAAGAGUAAUAACAUAAAGGAGGAGAAACAGGUGAUAAAACCACAAAGGGGUAGGCCCCGAAAAUAUAAAGUAGAAAAAGGUAUGAUAAGUGAAGGAAAAGAAGGAAAAGAUCAAUCUAGGAAGGAAAAGAAUAAAAGAGAAAGAAUAAAAAAAGAAAAGAUGAAAAAAAUGAAGAGAAAAAAAUCCAAAUCGAAAAGAUCGAAUAACGUGUUCGAUGAACUUUUUUCAGUUGAAUCUAAAAGUGCUUCUAUACGUAGCGUAAUAAAAAACGCAUGUAAGGAAUACGAAUCCCGCUUAGUGAGUGAGUAUUAUCACAUUUACUAUUUGAAGAACAAGAAAAAGAAAGCAAAACAAAUUGUGAAAAGAAAAAGAAUAUCAGAUUUUUUUCAUGAUUUAUAUGAAAUAUGUAAGAAAAAUAAAUACGAUUUUUUGGUAAAAUUUGUUGAUCAAGUAGUGCGUUAUAAGAGUGCAUCCUGUGAAAAUGCAACUCCAUCGAAAGGAUUUAGGAAAAGGUCAAAUAUGAAUAACACGGGGACUCUGAUCCGGGUAGAAAAAGAUCAAGACAUAGGAAAAAUUGAUCUGCAUGAGAGUAACAGUGAUUUGGAGAAGCUAGGUAAAAAUAAUAUGACUGAAAAAUAUGCCAGGAAAAGUAGCCAAGAAAUUUCUGCAGGAAUUAGUGUAGAUCGUUCGGUUAAGCAGGAAGAGGAAAAGAGAGAUGAUCAGCGAAGCGGCACGGUGAAAAUUUUAGAAAUGAGUUGCGAAGGUGAGCAGAAAAAGGAGGGUGAAAAGGCGGGUGAAAUGGAGGGUGGAAAGGAGAGUGAAGAAGAGAAUAAAAAGGGGAAAAAAGAGGACCAGAAAGAGGGCCAUAAACUGGAACCAACGAAUGAACAGAAAAAUGAAUCAAGGGGUGAAGGUGCCAAUUUUGACACGAGCGAGUUUAUCAACCUAUACAACGAAUUAAGGAAAAGGUUCAAGCACAGGAGUUUUAAUGAUCACGCAUACAAUGAGAAAUAUAAAAAGGAGAAAGAAGAAAUUGAAGAAGUGAUAAUUCUAAGUAUUAACAAAAUAAAUAAGAAAAGGAUAAGAGAUAAGUUAAAGAAAAUAAGUUCGUAUAACAAUUCAAUACUAUCCAAUAUUGGUGAUAAAUUUAUUGAUGAUAUAGACGAAUUAUUUCUUAUAAAAAAUUAUUCAAAAAUUUUAAAAAGUAUUAAGAAAAAUAACAACAUAAAGCACAUUUAUUAUUUGUAUGAAAAUAUGUAUGCCAUAGAUAAAGUGGAUCAUAUAAAUAGUAGUAAUUUUUUUAAUAUUUCUCAUUUUAUUAUCGAUAUUUUGUUACUAAAAGAGAUAAAACAAAAGGAUUAUUUAAAAAAAAAAAUCCUUAAAAUGAAAUAUUCUUAUUUCUAUUAUUUUGCAAAUUACGACAGUACCGAUAGUGGAGCCCUUUUUAAGGACAUUUUCAGGCACAUUCUUAAUGAUACUACCAAGGAUAGUCCUAAGAAAUCAUUACACCAUAUUAUGCAUGAAAUGAAUCCUCAUCAUUGUCACAAUUUCAAUAUCUUUAAUUUAAGUAGAAGAAGUAAAACUGCAGAAUUGCAUGAACAGAAUUAUCCUUACACCGAUAUAAAACUCAGUUCGACCACCAUUGUAAAUAACAGUGAUACUAAUUCGUACACUAAUCAGAAAAAAGAAGAAUUGAUAGGAGAACGAUUGGAUGAAUUCUUUUCUAACGAGUACCAGAAUAGUGACAAAAUGAAUAGUGAAAUAAAGAAUUCCAAUUUGUCCUUAAAAAAUAAUGAAAACACAAUUGAUAGAGAUCCCUACUGCUUAUUGAACAGUAAGGAUAAGGAAAAGGAUGAUGAAGAAAUGAAGCAAUGUGAUAUGAAGAUUAGCACCUGUGACGCAGAUGGGGAGAAUGACCCGAGUGGUGUAUGUGACACGAAUGGAACAAAUUAUAAAAAUAAAAUAAUUUUACAGGACUGGUUAAGCAUUUCGAGCGAUACCCAAUUAGCAGAACUCAACUUGAGGGACAUAAAUUCCAUAACACAUGCGCCCAAUUGUGAACGGGAAAAUGUUUACAUCGAAAUGAGUAAAGAAGACAAGGAAAUUUUAGACAUAGAACAAUUUUAUGAAUACAUAAAUAUAUCCGAUGCAUAUAACAUGGAUUCUAGAAUAAAAGCUGAAGAAAUUAUCAUGUUGCUCUUUUAUCAUUAUUGUUGGAGCUGUAAUGAUGGUAACAGUAGUAGCAGUAUUAGCAUGGAUGGAGGUGACAAGAGAAGUGAUGAAUACAGAAUAAGAAAUGUUUUGUUUAAAAUAUUUUUUUUCUUCACAACAAAUAACAUAAUUAAUAAGACAAAUAUACAUGAGUAUGUUACCUUUUUGCGAUUGUAUCAUUUUUAUUUGACAAAUAUUAACUGUUACACGUUAACAUAUUUUUAUCACAAUAUUGAGAAAGAUGGAGACAAGGUAAUAAAUAAUGUGGAAAGGAAAAAAACAACACAUCAUGAUUUUAUUUCCUGUAUCAUGUUUGAUAAUUGCUUAAAUGUCAUUCACUGUCAUUUGUAUAUUCUCAAAUUGCUAUAUAAAUGUUAUAUGAAUAGACUGAAAAGGAAAUAUACAUAUGAUAAUGUAAAUUUGGAAAUACUUAUUAAUUACACAUUUAGUAUUUUAAAUUGCUUACUAAUUAAAUUUAGUUAUAAUGAAGAAGAUGGCACUGUUGAGAGGCGAGUGUUGUUCUUAUUUUUGCAAUUCUUAUAUUUAAAUUCCAAAUAUUAUUUCAAAAAUGUUACCUUCUUUCUGGAUAAGUAUGAUAUAAAUUAUUUAGUUAAAAGUGAAACGGGCAAUUUUUGCAAAGUAAAUGCAGAUAGAGGAAGAGGUUUUGGCCUUUAUAAAAAUAAUCGUAAGAGAGGUCCGAAUCCAAAGAAUCAAACGAAAGGAAAUCAUUCAGAGUUCCAUAAGGGAAUGUUUGAAGGUAACAAUAUCAUGGAAAGUCUGAUGAGAAAGAGAUCAUUUGAUCAUGAGGAACACACAAUGCUGAAAAGUGGUUAUGAAAAUGCAAGACAAGCACAAAUGAAAGAGGAAGAGGAGAAAUCAAGGAGCGAACAGGAGGAUUACCAAUUGGAUAUCCAGGAGGGAGUUAUGGAAGAAGAACAAUGUUAUGAUGGGGAAAGGGCAGGGGCCAAGGAGGAAGAACCAUAUGAGGAAGGUACAACACAUAUGGAAGAAUCGUAUGACAAAUUGAAGAAAUAUAAAGAGAUGGAAAAAGAAUGUAGAUAUAUGAAAGGUAUCCAGAAUGAACAACACAUAGAUAAAGAAGAAUGGCACAUGAUGUCUUUAACAAAAAAAGGACAAUUAAGAAAAAAAAAAAGUACAACGCAGAAUUCAUAUAUUAGUAACAUGGAAAAAUUUAAAAAAGUAUUUACAAAGUUAGAUGAAAAUGUGAAUAUUACCUUUUCGUCAUUUUUGAAAUGUUACAAUAAAUGUUUUUUCUUAUUAAAUCUGAAACUGUACGAAAACGAUAUGUUCAGAAAAAUAAUUUGGAAAAAAAUCGAUAAAAUUGUCAACUACUGUAACACUCUUUACACAACAUUAAAAAUAAAAAAAAUUCCAAUAAAUAAAAACUACAAUUAUGUUUUUGACGAAAUUAAUUACACUUUGUACAAUAAGAACAUUUUUUUGAAGCCUUCCUUUUUUAAAGUUCUAAGGGAAGAUAAUUAUGUUAACAGGAUGUAUAACAUGCAUCGAAAUUACAUCGCAAAGAUGAGUGAUAAUAGUUUAAGUCAGGGUAAUAAAGCAACAGAAAAUGGGAGAGAAAAGAGGGGAGAAAAAGGGGGAGAAAACUGGAGUGGAAGAAAAUGUGAAAUACUGAAAAUAUUAAUUUCAUUUGAAAAGUUGAACAAAGGAACAUACAAAAGGGUAAGAGUAAAUAAAAAGAAAAAGCGUUUUCUCUUGCUAGCAUAUUCGUAUAAAUAUAUAAAGAAAUGCAUAUGCAAAGAAUUGAAAGAAAAUAGUAUCCUAAGUUUAUACAAAAGAGCGAAAGAGGUGGAUGAAAAUUUUAGUCAAAGUAUUGAUUAUCUUCAUUCCCUUUUUGAUACAAGACUGUGCAUGUUAUCCUUAGAUUUUGAGAUACAGAAUAUAAUUAUCGAAUUUGUAAAUGAUUGUGUGAAUUUUAUAAUGGAAUAUCAAAUGGAUCAGCAUAUCUGUUUCUCAGUGAUAAAAAAAUUGAUGAACAUAUAUAGCUUUGUUUUCUCCAUUUUCUACUUGCGUCUGAACUCUUUUUCAGAAAUACACACAAAUAAACUGUACAAAAUUCUUGGAAUUGAAAAAGAUAUUUUUUCAUAUGAUGAUAAAGCCACUUGGAAUAUGUUAAACAUUUUCAAUUUUGUAAAUUUUAGAUACGGUUGUUCAUACAAUUUUUUAAAUAACAUUUUUACGUCUUUCCAUGUCCUCAUUAACACGUUAGUAAAAAUUGAUAUUCACAUAGAGGUAGAUAAGAAGUAUAUGGGGAAACAGAAAGUGAAGAGACAUAGAAAUGUUAACACCAAGGUGAAUGGAUCUGUCACGAAUUUGUUUAAUUAUGACAGUGUGCAAAAACAUAUUGAGAGAGAAAAAAGGAAGAAGAAGCAGAAAAACAUGUUGGGGAAGCAAGUAUCCCAAUCAAUAGGCCAAGUGCAUUUCGGAAGGAGAAUAAUGUACAAAAUUGUAAAUGAAGUAAGGAAAAAAGUUAGUAUAAAUGGGAAACUUAAAAUAAAAAAUAGCAUAUUGGAUAAAAAAAUUGGAAAAAAAAUGAAUAAAUAUUUUGUUAAUCCCAUGGGCGAUAAGGUGAGCAUGAAGAAAUUGGAGAAUCAUAAUAGGAUUAGUAAGAUGUGUUUAUAUAAUAAUAACAUGGAAUGUGUAAAAGUCUCUUAUUCUGAGUAUCCUCAUAUGUGUAACUCAUCCUGCAGUGCUAAAAAUUAUGUUAAGGACAAGGAUGGAAAACAAGAGCGAAAUAAAUUCCUGGUGGGCAAGAACCAUUUGAACUUCUCCUCAACGAGGGAUGACAUAAAUGUGAUAAACACAAGUAGGUGUAAUCCCGUGUUAGCUAUUCAGGAUGGUAUUAUUAAAAUGGAAGAAUUAGAAAGAAAAUCUAUUUCAGAAAAAUUCUGUACAAAAAGGAGCCGAAGGCAGAUGUGGGAAAAAGGGGAGAUGCCCAAGAAGGAGCAAUUGAAAUUUUCAAGCAGAAACGAACGUAUUUUACAGAGUUAUGAAAAAUUAAAAAAAUCGAAAAAAAAAUUGAAGAAAAAAAUAAAUAAUGCAUUCUAUUUUAAACAUAUUUCCGUGACAAAUAAGAGUCAACAUAAGAUAUACACUACACUGAGUUGUAAUUAUGCACACAUUUUAUUCAUACUUAUAUCCAUACUGCAUAUUGAAAAUUAUAACAUUUUGCAUUUAAGAAAAAUGCAAGAUUUCUUUAUGAAUAAUGAUAUAUAUAAUACGUACUAUAUCUUUUUACACAUUUCGAGUAGUAUCAUAUUAUUGUUAUCCUCCGUUUUAAAAACAUAUUUACAUUUUAACCCAUAUGUAAAUCUGGAUAACAAAAAAUUGGAUAAGAAAAAAAUUAGCAAAAUGAAAAGCAGGAUAGUUAUGAAUAGCGCUAUUGAUUAUAAGAACAAAUUACUACAUAGAAAGAAUGAAAAAAAUGAAGACCUUGAAAUAGGAAAUAAAGAAGGCCAUGAUUCAAGGUUACAAAACUUGGAGCAUAGGAAAUCUAUUAGCAGAAUUUUCGAAGAUUUGAAUAUUAAGAAUUGCAAAAGUGAUAAUAAUGAUGUGAAUCGCAGCACCUUUUAUAAGGACAAAGGAAAUAGUAGAAGCUACGAAAUUUAUUUAGAAACGUUUUUAAAUUAUAGCUCUAUUAACGUACUAUUAAUGUCAAAAAAAAAACAUAAUAAGAAAAAUAAAAUGAAGAAAAAUAAAUAUAUAUACAUAUUUUGUAAUUUAAUAGAAAAUUUGUUACAAAAUAGUGUUUUUUAUUUAGACCUCUUUAGUAAUUGCAAAAAUAGAGGAGAUGUACUGGAAUUGAAUGAUGUAUUUUCGAAACUCAACAAACUAUGUAAAGAAAACAAUAUCAUGAAUUAUUUUGUGCAGAUGAAGAAUGAACUAAUAUAUCAUACCCUAUUUAGAUAUAUCCUACAAAAGGAAUACGUCAACUAUUUUAAUAUUGAAAAAUGUGAACUGUAUAACAUUAACAAAUGUUCAAUAAAUUUGUUUUAUUUUUCUUUAAAUAUAUUACUGACAUCAUUUAAUACGGAUAUAUCUAUACAUUUAGAAAGAAGUUUAUAUAAUAUAAAUUAUUUUCAUCAUGAUAAUUUAUAUUAUGAAUUAAUUCUAAAUAAUAUUAAAAAGACAAUUCGCUACAUCAGAGGAAGUACUAAAUCUUCUUUCAAUUGUAUAUUUUCAUGUGUGCUGUAUUAUUUGGCUAGAUGGAAAAACGGGGAGGGGAAAAUAUUAAAAGGAAGGAAUAAUGAAGAAAAGAAAAAUAUUUUGCGAAGAAGUAACUCUAAUCAGAGAUUUUCUUCUUCAUGCAAUAUAGAAGGAGUGAAGAGCAGUGUUUUUUUUAACAUUUUAGAAAAGGAAGAAUGUUUAAAUAAUACUAUGGUAAGAAAUAGUAUUAACAAAAAUACAAGGGAGAAAACAGAUAAUAAGUGUUUUUUUACAUACCCCACCGAGGGAACAUAUAGUGUUUUCAAAAACAAUGAAGAAGCUCCUCUUGGAUGUGAUAAAUAUAACUAUUUUGAUAUAUACAAAAGGAACAGAAGAAAAAUUGUUAGCAAAAUAAUAUAUGAUAUGAUAAUACCAUAUAUUGAUAUAAAAAAUAUCAAAGUAUAUAACAAAAUUCAUCGAAAUAAUCAUACAAUCAAUAGCCUCAUUAAUAUCUGCUUUUCAUUUCUUUUUAAUAAUUUCUUAUUUUUAAAAUUGGUUUAUCCAUUUGACAUAGUUUCCAAAGAUAAAAUUGAAAACGAAUUAACUGGGAAGAGAAUAAAAAUUACAAAUGACACACUUGACAUAUUUAAUAUGAAAAUGAGUGAAAUAAAACCAGUCGAAUUGUUCCUCUCUCUGUACAUACAUAAAUACAUGCAGAGUAUAUGUUUAGAUGUGAAGAAGUUGGUUGAUUAUAAUACUUAUAUGAAUCAAUUUUUUUGGAUAUCCAGUAGAAGACAUUUGAAUUUCGCUCCCUGCAGAGAUUAUACCUACUUGAACUACUCCUUUAACAAUGUGUACUACAAAUUCAAUGAUUAUAACGUUCUCCAGUUUUUGAUAAAUUUUAAAAGAUCUAAAAGUGAGGGAAAGGAGUUCAUGAUGACCUUUGUGAAAAUUUUCGAAAAAAUGAUAUCACUGGAUGAUGAAACAAGCUCAGAUUACAUGGAUCCUUUAGCAUACAAUGUGUACUUAGAUUAUAUGAAGGACAUGUUUCUAAAUGACGAUUACUAUUAUGUAUGUUUUUAUGAAUACGUAAAAAAUGUAUAUAUAGAAGAAAACGAGGGAGAAUUUAAAAUUGAGGAUUUUGACUGUUUUAUAAAAGAAUUAAAUGAGAUAAAUCCAUAUAAAAUAAAAGAAGAGAUGAAAAGAAAAUUUAAUGAAUACGUUGGAAAGAAUUAUCUUCUUGUGAUAGUAAAGAGAAAAAUGUAUAAAAGAAAAUGGUACACUGAUUAUACAGACUCAUUUGGUAGUAUCAGAAAAAAAGGGGAUAAAAAUAUGCAAACAUAUGCAAUAAAAAAUCAAACUUUCAAAAAAAUUUCAAUAACUUAUAAUGAAAAUGAUACAUAUAUGAAACAAAAUAUGAUAAAGGAUUGUUCACUUGAUUCACCUAACCAAGUGGUCUUUGAUGAUAAGAAUAAAGAUAAAAAAAUAGAUGAAAAUAAUAACAUUCAUCAGGUUGCUAAUUGUGUCGAAAACAUACAAAAAUCAAGGAACGAAAAAAAGAGAGAAAUUAAAAUUAUGCUAAAUAACAAUCCUUAUUAUUUUAAAAAUGUGUAUAGAGCGUAUCAAAGCCGAAUGUUUAAUCUUUUAAAUAAAAAAAAUAUUGACUAUCUAGAACUAAUAAAAAUAAUAAAUAAAAAGUACUACAACCAUUUUAGCAACAUGUUUUACAGCUCAUUUAUUCAUAUUUUGAGUGAAGUGAAAUAUGAUUAUAAUAAGCAAUAUAAUUUCAACAUUUCAAAAAUAAUGGAUAAAUUAAAUAUUGGUCUAAAGGCUUCCUUUUAUAAUAACAAGAAUGUGAUUUUGUAUUAUUACACAUUUCAGCAAUAUUUUCAUUUAUAUAAAUGUUUAGAAGAUAAAUAUUUUUCAGAACUUGUACUUUCAGAAUAUUUAUUAUUAAAUAUAACAUCAAAGCAUGUUAAUAAUAUGCUGUACAACACUGACCUAUAUAAGAUAUAUUAUUUUUUAAAAUUUUUGUAUAUUAAAAGUGUGUUAAAACAUGCAAAUAUAUUACUGAACUUUUUAAUUUAUGUAUAUUAUAAAUAUUUCCAGUAUCAUUAUAGGGGGAAAGAUGAAUCAUCUCAUCAUUUUAUGGAUUUAUUCUUAAGUAUACAUGAAGAAUCUUACAAUAAUAGUUUGUUGGUAACUGAGUUAAGGGCGAAAGAUAAUACAUCAGAGAAUAAUUUAAUAGUUCAAGAAAAAAUUUUGCUUAAGAAUCAUAUCUUCACUAUAGCACCAUUGACAGAUUCCCUCAAACAGAGAAGUGUUGAUUGCAACAUUUCAUAUGUUAUGGAGGAUGCAACAGAUAUGGAAGACAAGCAAGGCUGUUGUGAGAUGGACCUAGAGGAAAAGGAUGAUAUUAAUAAUGAUAAUGGUAAUAAUAAUGAUAAUAAUGAUAAUGGUAAUAAUGAUGAUAAUAAUGAUAAUGGUAAUAAUGAUAAUGGUAAUAAUGAUGAUAAUGAUAAUGGUAAUAAUGAUGAUAAUGAUAAUGGUAAUAAUAAUGAUAAUGGUAAUAAUGAUAAUAAUGAUAAUGGUAAUAAUGAUAAUAAUGAUAAUGGUAAUAAUGAUGAUAAUAAUGAUGAUAAUGAUAAUGGUAAUAAUGAUGAUAAUGAUAAUGGUAAUAAUGAUGAUAAUAAUGAUGAUAAUGAUAAUGGUAAUAAUGGCAAUGAUGAUAAUAAUGCAGAAGGUAAAACAGGUUUUUCAGGUGAAGGUUAUAAGCAUGAUAAUCACGUGCAAAAUGCUUACCAAGAGAUAAAUGACUACCAUUUGAUAUUGUCAAAUUCACAGCAUAGAUAUAUAAAUCUUUUAUUUUACAAAAUAUUAACCAAUUGUGUAAAUUCCAAAAUUAAUAUAUUAAACGCUAAGAAUUUGUUUAAUAAUUUAAAUUUCUACAUUUCUUCCUACGUUAAAUACUCCCUUUUUUACACAUUUGAAGAAAAGAAUAAGGCCUUUAUAAAUUCCUUAAAAUAUAAAUACUCUUUUUAUAAUUUCAAUACAAUAAAAAAAAAUUUGAAAUUGUGUAUGUAUUUAAAGAAUUUAUAUUUAAAACGUGAUAUAUUUAAUAAUAAUAUUUUGUCAUUUCUCAAUAUAGAGCCAACGAAGAAGAAAUAUAAAUCCUUCAAUGGAUUAAGAACAAUUCGUAGUUUCAAUUUAUGUGUAGAUGAAUAUAUGAAUAAUCAAAUGAUUAGUAUACAGAAUUCUGAUGAUACACGUACAAAACAAUGCUCACCAAAAUUUCUUCAAAAAUGUAACAAUUUGGGGUGUCGAAAUGAGGUAGAAAUUGCCAAUAGGAAAAGGACAACAUAUGAUAAUGUUGCUUACGUGGAUGAAUCAAAUUUCAAGAGUAAGGUAAGUAAUAAUAAGAACAAAAAAUUAUUCUCAGAAAUUUUUUCCUCAGAACAAGGCAAAAGUGAAACCAAAGAUGAUGAGGGAAUAUAUUGCCGCAAAGAUGUAGUAGAACAUUUAACAGAUAUGGAAAAGAAAACUGCUGGAUCGCCAUUUACAAGGAUUAAAAAAGAAGUACAGGAAAAUUAUUCAAACAUAGAAAGUAUCAACAUUCCAGCUGCAUGUAAUAAUAAAAGAAAAGAAAAAGGAAAAAAUAACACCCACGUAGAAGAAGGAUCUAAUGGAAAAAACUUAUAUAUGAACAGACUUGGAGAUGUGAGAAAAGGAUCAAAUAUUAUGAAAGAUCUUGAUAUGAACCAAAUUAAAGUAAAAAAAGAAGAACUCAGUGAUGGAAAUGAUUCAAAAGCAUCAGUAGGUUUUCUAUCUAAAGCUUAUGUGCUUCAAAAACAAUUUUUCAGAAAAAGAAAUAGCAAAAAAAUUUCAAGGAAAUAUUACAUCAACAUUUUAAAGUUUUACUUAAAAAAUAGAGUUCAUAAUUAUUCCAUUAAUUCAUGGGAUUGUCAAAAAUUGGAUGAGAAAACAAUUUAUUUAGUAUUUUUAUUUUUAGGGAAAUGUUUCCAUUUCCUUUUUAACUCUUUCUUGUCACAGAGCUAUGAUUCUGAACAUAGCCAUGUCAGUAAUAAAAAAAAUGUUACGAGUAGCAAUAACCAUGAUGUAUCUGCAUGUCCCAAUAACUUCAACACAUCUGAAUGCCCCAAUAAUGUCAACGCAUCUGAAUAUCUCGAUAAUUUUUACUCAUCAGAUAAUCUGCUGCUGCAUUUUAUGUUAAUAUGUAUGUGCCAUUAUGCCGACAGCUUAACGUUUUUAAGUACUAAUUUUUUGAACAUGCACCAGAUUGGUUCGCAGCAAAAAGAUUUUCACGAGUCCUGUCAAACGAAUGAUGAAAAUGCAUCUGUCUUAAAAAAGAAAGAGUUGAACAUGCGUAGCGUGUUAAGUGAACAAGGAAAAUAUUCAGAAGCAGAAGAGAAUAAAGAAUUCAAGAUUGACCAAAGUGAAAUUAGUGGGGAUAGUCAAGUGAAGAAUAAGAUUACACAUGAAAAGUUAAGAAGUUGCAGCAAAAGCUAUAGAAAAAGUGAAGAAACGAAUAACAAUAGUAGUAACAAUAAUAAUAGCAACAGUAACAAUAGCAGCAGUAAUAAUAACAGCAGUAAUAAUAGCUGCAAUAAUAAUAACAGCAGUAAUAAUAGCUGCAAUAAUAGCCAUGGGGAGAACUGUUUGAAAAAGAGCUUUGCUCUAAAACCCUCCUUCGUAAAUACAAAUUGUUAUUACAUGAUAAGGAAUGAGAGGAUCCAUAUCAUUAACAGUGAUAAGGAAAAUACACAAAUGAUUAUCCCGUUGUUUAAAUUAUUAGUAACUAGAUUGAAAAUAUGCUUGUACUACCCGAGAUAUUUUUUCUUGUCUUCCCUGUUUAGUUACAAAUAUGACACAAAUCUAUCAAACGAACUAUUAAAUUAUGUAAAGGAUCCAAAAUUUUUAAGAGAAAAUAUUAAAUAUUAUAUAUAUGAUCCAAAUAAAACUGGCAAAAUUUCUGUUACUACAUUUGAAAAUGAUUACAAUAGCGAUGUUGCAAAAUGUUGCAGCACAAUGGAUGCAUUAAACAUAGAUGUUCCGGAUGAAGAUUUAGACAAUCUUCCUGAAUGUAGAAUAAAUAAUGAUAUGCAUAAUGAAAAAGGAAAUAAAAACAUAUUAGCAGAUAUUUCAAGAAAGGAUAUUUCCUCCAAUGAAAUCAACACUUUAGAUGAUCAUUCAAAAUGGAGUGAAGAGACAGUUAGUGAAAAUGUUAAAAAUAGAGAAAAUACUUAUAAGGAAAAAAAAAGGAAAAAAAGUUUAAACGUACGUGUAAAUUAUUAUACUGAAUAUCAUGAAAAUGGAAAAUUGAAUAACUCUAGUUUACCCUCGUGUCUUAACUCAUCGAACAGCAUGGAAUAUGAUGAAGCCAACACAGACAUUGAAACAGAAAAAAUGGACAAAAAUAGAAAUAAUAACUUGAAGGAUUCUGAUGUCAACAAUUGGAACUUGAAAAAUGGCCCUUCUUCAGACCUUAACCAAAAGGAAUAUAAGGAAAAGAGCAAAGAUGAGCACCUAGACGAGAUGUCAAAUAACACAAUUCGUUCUACUUUCGAAAAAGGGUUGAAUGAAAAAGAAAUAAACGAAUUUAAAUAUGAUCUAUCAAAACUAAAGGUGGUAAUAAAAAAUAUUGAAAUUAAAUACGAAGAUGUACUUAAUGAUAUAAUUGAAGGCUUAAAUUUUAUUUCAGAAAAUAAAAAUUGUGGAAAUUAUAAUUCACAAGCAGCUUAUCAUUUAUGCAUUUACUAUUUUAUGAGGAAGAAUUACAGCAAAUGUAUUCAUUAUAUGAAAAUUUUUAUCAACAAGGGAAAUUUUAAGAUAUGGCAAAAUGAUUCUUUUAAUCAAGACUACUACAAUUUAUAUUGUAAAAGAGUUCAAAGAAAUGAAUUUAUUCUUAUAAAAUAUUUUACAAUUAUUUUAGAAGUUAGCAAAAAUGUUCUGAAAAAUGUUUUAACCAAAAUUAAUGAAGAAAUAUUUUUUGGGAUUAAAAAAGUAAUAGGGGAAAAGGACACGCCUGUUGAGGAUACUUUAUUGCAUGCACAUCUAAGGAAAUUCUUACUAGAUGAAAAAUUUUUAGAUAUAAUUAAUGUAGAUAAAAAAGAGGAAGAGACUUCUAACGAAACGACAAUGAAAAAUACGAAAGCAAUUAAAGCAGUUGAAGAAAAUGAAGAAGGAAAUGCUGAUGGAAACAAGACAGGUGAAAAAAAAAACAGUACAGAUGAAGGAAAAAACAGUACAGAUGAAAAUAAAAACUAUCCCCAAAGCAAGGGAAAUAAUAAUGUUAUGAGAGAAAAAUUAGGAAAUAACGAUAUUUCGUAUGAUAAGAAUGAUAACACAGAAAUAGCAGAAUCAGAUAAUAAUGCUCCUAAUAAAAAGGAGAACAUAUUUGAAAGAAUUGAAAAUAAGUGGGUAUAUUUAGGAUAUGAUCAUUUGGAUCAUUUAAAUGAAAUUUAUGAUAUAUUAAAAAUUAUGUUUGAAAUUUACAUACACUUAGGUAAGACUAUCAAAAAAUUUAAUGAUUACAAAGUGUUGGAAGAAGCAACAGUUAUAUGUGGCUAUAACAUAUCAAUUAUUAAUAUUCUGUUCAAAAUAAUUACUGAACACAUAUGUUUUAUUUUCGAAGUAUUGUGUUAUUUUACAUCGCAUGUUUUGGUAUACCCAAUUAUAUUGGUAUUCUGCAACAAUUCGAUGAUUACUGAUGUGACAGGAGGUAAUCUUGAAUAUGCAGGAUCAAUAUCCCCAAGAAUAACUACUACGUCAACAACUGUUAGUAGUAAAUAUUUGUAUUUAAAAAGAGCUGCAGAUAAUGAAGAAUUGUUAUGUAAUAGUUCAAGUGCAACACUUGACUUGAGAAUAUUUAAGCUCUUUAGAGAAUUUUUAGCCAAUAAAUCUGCCACUAUGCCAGCUAAUUUGUCAACAAAAAUGCACAGUAUUUUCCUAUUGACAUGUAAAAAAUUGUUGUACUAUCAGAAGAGUGAACAAGACAUAAUUAAAAACAUGAAUUUGUACUACAGCAAGGAAUCAAAAAAAAAGAAAGAAGGUAUAAUGAAGUUUGUAGAAAAUGCCCUUAGUAAUGAAAAUAAAACAAAAUUAUCCUAUUUUUUGAAUAUAUUUAAGAACUUGAAAUUGUUAAACUGUACAAAUUAUUUGAAUUGUGAGCAUAUUAAAUUUUUAUUAAGCAAGCUGAAUUAUAACUCACAAUGUACAGAUAUAAACAAGAAUACGAAUUUAAUUCAUUUGGAUAAUGUUAGUGUGGAGAAACCAAACAACAGUAUGGAAAAAUCCAACAACAGUGUGGAGAAACCAAACAACAGUGUGGAUAAAAGCAACAACAGUGUGGAUAAAAGCAACAACAGUAUGGAUAAAAACAACGGCAGUGUGGAUAAAAGCAACAACAGUGUGGAUAAAAGCAACAACAGUGUGGAUAAAAGCAACAACAGUGUGGAGAAGUUCCAUAGCAAUGUAGAUAAGGAAAAUGAUGUUUGCAUUACUAAGGACACAGUAAAUGAUUUAGCAGUUGAAACACAAACAUCCAUAUUACGUAAUAACGAUUCUGUGAAUGAAAAAAAAAGCAAAGGAUGCGUUCUGUAUUAUAUAAAACUAGAUAAUAAUAAGCACAUUUAUCUAUACGACGAUUAUGACAUUUUUAAUAAUAUUAAAACCAAAAAUGAGGCAUUAAAUUGUGUUAAUUCUAUGUUAUCAGAUAAAAACGCAACCUCUAAAAAAGCAGAUAAUUCCAACCUGAAGAAAAGAAAGCACAUGGAUUUGUCUUUAAAUGAUGUAAAAAAUUCAAUACGAGAACGAGAUUUAAGAAGGUUAAAUAGGGAGAAAAGCAAAAUUUUUUAA